AUGACCAGCACGUUAAUGUUUGUCAAGAUCUUGUUAAUUCCAGGCUUUGGCUGUUGCUUGAUUUUCAACGCCGAAGCAACGUCUUCCUUUUUAGGGCCCUUUUUCGAUGAAAGCGACUUAACAGACGCGGAGGUAGUCUCCGAGACCUCGGACGACUUCUCUGCUGUGUCUGCAGAAGCAGGCUCAUCAAAUGUUGGCGUCCUACCAGGGGUUCCUGUAUUAUUCGAGUGCUGCGAAGAAGGAGACUUGCUGCCAUUUCUUGUUCCUCUUGGGAAUAAGAUCACUGUUGAAGACGACUGCCCGUUUUCGUGCACCGAUCCCUUGCCAAAUCUCGUGAUGUCUCUUGAUGACGGUUCAGGGAUUCUAUCGGCAAUCGACGGUUCAGGGUGGUUCAACAGUGACGACUUGGAGGCAGGAAUCGGGAUCGGAGACACCGGGAUUGUGUGUAGACUGGCCAUUUCGGCGACGGAGCCCGUCUGUCGGAGUUUUGGAACCUUGUUUGACAAGUUGGUGCUGCUGGAACGACUCAUUAGAGUUUUGGGAGGCAACGAGGAAGGUUGCGAGGCAAGUGGCGAGCCCUGGUACGUGUGCUCUCUUGGAGGCUGGUGGGGCUGGAGGUUGAACGAAUUGGCCACAGGCGAGCUCUGGGAGGGAAUUUCAAGUUUGAGAAUUAAUUCGGAUGGGUCAAAUUGCUGA